UGAUUGAGUAAUGGGGUUUUUUUUGGAAUUAAUGUUCUAAUUUGUCUUCGAGGUGUGAUAGGAAUUUUUCGCCGUUCAAAAUAAUUUGAAGUAUUUUUACAAAAUCUUUGUAUGCGUCUUCCUGAUUCGUCUGCAAAUGGGCUAUUGUACUUUGAUCUUUACGGCAAGUGCCGCUUAAACACAGUCUUUUCCUGUCGUUGCGAAAAAUAACACUAAAUAAUGUCAAUAAUCAGAUUAAAUCUUGAGAAACAUAGGCCUAGAUAAAUCUUUUGCACGGUGGGUUUUUGCAUGCUUAAUUUUAGUUUCGCGUUAUGUGUUGUCGUCAGUCUAUGUAUAUACCAUCACUUGUUUACGCCAUUUCAAUGCCUUUUAAAUAAUGUCCUUGCAGAAUCGUGGAGUUCACGAAAUCAUCUGUUAGAGUAACUGUCGAUGAACCACGAUAGCGAUUCAUUGUUUUAGUAUAUUUGAUUUGUGAAUAGCCUCCAUCGCUGUAUUAAUAUGAAAGUCACGAACAUGUUAUGGUUAUACGCUUGUUGAAGACGGAGUGUCCAGCUGACAUUUGGUGAAUUCGAUUUGGAUUAUCCGUGAGUGAAUCGAGAUUAGAUAAAGCAAAAUGGCUCAUAUUGGUCAUCAUGGAUCUUUGACGCGAGGUACAAGUUCCUUUCAAGUAUCUCCAAUUCCCAUACCAUCUCACAGUGGAUAUUUGUUCCGCGAUGUUUCAGAUUAUCACAGAAAUGCCACUGGGCUGCAUCCUUCGUACGCAAGACCACCAAACUUCUGUGACGACUACUCGUACGCAGCAUCCGCUCCUAGCCAUCAGCUGUUUUCAAAUUCUGCAGCGUCUUUUCUCGGUGGAUCAGGAUUCCUCGAGUUUUCGGAAGCGAAGAGAAAGCCAAGUGGGAAUAUUCGAGCCGAACUCGAUAACAGAGCGUUGUGGAAAGGUUUUAACGAGUAUGGAACUGAAAUGAUCAUAACAAAGGCUGGAAGGAGAAUGUUUCCAACGAUCAGAGUGAAACUCGAAGGAUUAGAUCCCAAACUGAAGUACAUCCUAAUUGUGGACAUAGUUCCCGUAGACGACAAUCGGUACAAAUACCAUAAUGGCGAAUGGGUAAUAUCUGGAAAAGCAGAACCUUCGCAUCCGUCAAGAUUACAUUUUCACGCUGACUCUCCAGCCACUGGUGCUCAAUGGAUGAGACAAGUUGUUUCUUUUCAAAAACUAAAGUUGACCAACUGUCAAGUCGAUUCAAAUGGACAUGUAAUUCUGAAUUCGAUGCACAAAUAUCAGCCUCGCCUUCACGUUAUUCAGACCAACGACAUCCACGCUGUAAACGCACACUUUAAUAUCCACGAGACUUUCACUUUUCCAGAGACAGAAUUUAUGGCUGUCACGGCUUAUCAAAACCCACAGAUUACUCAACUAAAGAUUGAAAACAAUCCUUUUGCAAAGGGGUUUCGUGGAACGUGUAAUUCGUUUGGGGCAACGUACGGCGCAACGAAGCGCAAACUAGAGGAUGACUGUGAAGAAACUGGGUCAAGACUCUCGCCACAUUUGAUGAAACUGACCAAUUGCAGCAGUCCUUCCUCGGCAUGUGCUACGUCAUCACCACGUCAUGUAAUUCAUCACUACACUACAGCAUCGUCUAAUCACGAGUCUCCAAGUCACUUGGAAAAUAAUCCCUUCGACUGUCUUCAAAACAUGACGUCACUUGUUGGGAAAUCGUCGUCACCUGGCAACAUGGAUUGGCGUCAGGAGGUAAGUGUUGGAUCGGUUUGCCCGACACCUUUAUCAAGCAAUGGUGAUACCCAGACGUACCUUAGCUCGUUUACCAAGACAAAUUGUCGCUUCUCGAUGAUGAAACCUUACGCCCAUUAUCAUCAAGGCUUAUACUCAGGCACACAGGAGCAGGGUGCAAUACAACAUCCAUAUGCAAUGGGACAUCAUUUUGGUGCACAUGGUGGGGAUUAUUCCCCCUCAUGUUACCGUUAUAUGCCCGGAGAACUGUACCCGGGUAAUUUUUUGAAAGGCCAGGAUUCCUUCGUGAAUAACGGCUUUGUCAACCUGCCCAUUUCAAGCACGCAAAAUGGAGCUAGUUUGAACAACCCAAAUCAAGAUUUCAAUAAUUAGUAAAGAUAGGAGUAGAAUUUUAAUGAAUUAAAGAUUAAAAUCUUAAAUAAAUGACGUAAGAUUAUAUGCCAAUUUAUAAAACAAGACUUGUUGCCUUAUUAACAUUUCGACCAAAAAACGGUUCUUUAUUUAAUCAAUCCUAUCAAGAAUACGUAGCUAUGGUAACACACCCGUAAAUUUGUACGCUGAAAUUUUCAAAUAACUUGAAGACAGAAGUGUAUAAAUGUCACUCAUUGGUAGAACAAAAUCUAAGCAGGCAUUAUUAUUGAUAUCAUUGAAUUGUUUGAAAAAUCAGAAGUUUUGCCUGCGAAUUCAGAUUUCUGUGAAAAAAAGUUCGGUUGUUUUGCUAAAAUAUAAAUACAUAUUAUCGCUAUGAAGUGGAUCUAUAUACAGUUUAUUUAUUUCUUGCUCCCAAGGAAAAGAUAAAAAUUAACCUAUCUAUACGAGAUUUUAAAUUUUAAUCAAGGUAUUAUUGGUAAAUUCGUCGAUAAAUUAACAAGCACAUUUGGCUUUUUAGACCGAAGACCACAAUAACUGCUCGUGAUUAGCGCAACUUUUAAUCAUCUCUUGACAUGUCAAGAGACGCGAAUUUUCUGCAAUGCUUUUUUGAGGGCAGAAAUAGAAAUUGAUUUUUUUCUGAAACAAAUUGGAUGCGGCCAUUAAUUAUCAUUGAAAUGUAUAGAAAUUAUGUAAAUAUGAAAAAUUCAUGAAUAAAUUCAAACCAGGUGUCGCUAAAGCCUA